AUGUCAACAGAAUUAGAUGGUUUGAAAUCAGAAGUCAAUGAUCUAAAAGAAAUGGUAGAGAUGCUUGAAAGUGAAGUUUAGAGCAAAGAGGAUGAAAUAAAAGUGAUUAAAACAAAUCUCUAAAAAAAAGAUUAAGAAAUCGCAUCUCUUAAAAUUAAAUUGGCAGGCAUAGAUUCCCAGACUAAUGAAACAGAUCAUAAUCAAAAUCAAUUAGAUCAACUUUAAGGCUAAAUUGUUUCACUUUAAUAAUAAUUAUCAGAAUUAAAACAUCAAAUAGAUGACAAAAAUUUGGAAAUUGAAGUGUUAAAACAUGAUCAUGAUGAAGAAUUGAACAAUUUAAUAAACUAGAAGAAAGAAACAUAAGAACAAAGCCAAACUGAUGGGGAGAUUGAAAAACUCCAAAAUAUUAUAUCUCAACUGCAACAAGAAAAAAAUGAAUUGACAAUUUAGUAUAAUUUAUUAAUAUCAAAGACAUAAUAUAGAAAAGAAUAUUCAAAGUAAAAUUAAUAGCUUUUAUUAAAUUCUUAAAAAAUUGAGUCUAAAAAUAAUGAAAACAGUGCAGAUUUAAUUUAGUAGCAAUAAGAUGAAGUAAAAUAUUAAAUUAAUAAGACUUCGCAAUUAAAAUUUAGUGUUGUAUAGUUAGAAACCCAUGAAUAAGAAAACCAUCAACUAGAAGGGGAUGCUGUUUAAUUGAAAUUGAAUCAAGCAAAUUAAUUGGAUAAUCUAGGAACACUUCUGAAUCCGAUGGAAUCACCAAGAUAUGAUUAAAAUUCUCAAAAUAAUGAAGAACUUGAGCAAUUGUAGAACACCAUCACUGAUUUAUAAAAAGAAGAUUAGGCAAGUAAAGCUAAAAUUGAAGCAUUAUGCGAAGAAAUUAAAUAAUUAAAAUAAUAAUUACAAUAAUUAAGUCAACAUAACUAAGAAUUGUAAUUAGAUCUUGAAUAAAAAAAAAUUGAAUUCAAUGAAGAAUCAGCAAAAUUAUCAUCACUUGAAGAUGAAUUAAUUGCAUAUGAGUAGAAAUAUGCAGAUGCUAUUUAAAAUAAACAGAAGAUAUCCACUGAGUAUUAAUUAGCUUAAUAAUCUCUUCAGCAAUUAGAAAUGCUGUAAUAAGAUAAUGUUCAACUGUAGUUGUUACUUAAUUCAAAGAGUGAGGAAUUGGAAGAAUUGAAAAUGCAUAAUAAAUUUGAGACUCAGUAUUUAGAACUAAAAGAGGAUUUUGAAUAGUUUAAGGAAUUUGUGCAAGAAUAAUUCCAUUAGAAAGAUGAAACAUUAACUCAAUAAGCUCAAUAAUUGCUUGAUUAUGAUACAUGUAAAGAAUAAUUAAUCAUGCUAAAUUAACAAUGUGAAUUGUUAUAAGAACAAUUGAAUAGACAAAAGGAAAAUAAUGAAUAGCUAUAAGAUCAAUAUCAAAAUAGUUUACAAUAAAUUCAAUAGUUCAAUACGAAUAACUUAUAAUUCUCUGACAUUCAAUCUUAGAAUUAAUUUUUAAAGCAAGAAAUUGAAACUCUGAAAUUGGAUAACUUAGCAAAACUAGAAGUGAUUGCUGAUUUAGAAACAUAACUCAAGAUAUAAUAAUAAUUAGGAGAGGAAUCACCAUUGAAGUUGUAGAAAUUACAAUCUGAAUUUUCUGAAAAUCGAAGUGAAUAUCUAAGCCAUAAAGAGUAGUGUUAAAGAGAAAUUCAUUAAUAUAAAUAAGAAAAGGCUUUAUUGUAAUCGGAUUUGCAAAAUCUGAAAGAAAUGAUUGAUGCAUUAUUAUCUUAAAAUACAUAAUAUCAACCAAAAGGAAAGACAGUUGAAGAAUAUUACAAAAAAUUGUUAGAUUUUACAUCUGAUGAUAAAUAGGAUCAUUAAGAGGAAGAAUUAGUUUAGUUAAAACAACAAUUGCAAUUAUUCUUAGAUAAGUCUUUUGCUGAUUAACAAUGCCAAAUUAAGCCCGAAAUAAAUGAAUAAGAAAUCCUGACUGAAUAAAUUGAACUAUAAGAAAAGAAUACUUAGACUGAGUAAAUAGAAAGCAGCCUAUCGGGAUCAAUGUGGCUCAAUAACGAUACAAUAAAUUCAAAGGAGGACUAAUAUUAAUAGAUGAAAAAAAAAAAUGAGGAUUUAGAUUAACUUUUGAAAAAUUAUGAAAAAGAAGUAUCAAGUUUAAAAUAAUAACAUAAAUUACUAUAAAAAAAGUUAGAAACUAAUUAAAAACCAAAUCCUUAGGAAAGGUUGGGUAAAAGAGUUAGUUUAUUUGAGUAAUCCUAACCUCGAAAAUCAAAAUAAUUGCAUUUAAAUUUAUGUGAGUCAUAGUAGAUAGACGAUCAAUAGAGAGAAAAUGUGUUUAUGAAAGAAUUAAUAGAAAAUUUAAAGAAGGAUAAUAAGUAGCUUUCACUACAGAAUGAGGAUCUUUAACAAUAAUUAAAUGAGAUAAAAUAACUUUAGGAGAAGAAUUAAGAAGAAUAAAAUCGAUUAGAAGAAUAGCUGCAAUCUUAAAUUCUACUAAACCAAACAAGAAAUAAGAGCGUUGAUAAUAAUCAAACAAUAAUCUCUCAAAUCAAUAAUACUAUGAUUUAGCUGAAUUAAAUUGAAAUCUUCUUGGUUGUAAAAUCCUAGAAAAACUUUUAAUUCCCUUAUAUUGAAUUUAAUAGAAAAUAAAUCAAAUUUUAUUCUUAAGGCAAAACCAGAAUAGAGAAAUAGAUUUAUGAAACAUUUACAUUUGAUGAUGUAUUUUUAGACAUACAAAAAGUGAGAUAGUACUUUUAAUUUUAUGGCAAAAUAAGUUUAGAUUAAAGUAGAAUGUUUCUUAUUGUUGGCUAAUAAAAAACGUAAAAGAAAUUCUUAUUAUUAAUGUUCCUUGAUUUAUACUAUAACUCUAUAAAAGAGUAGAAACUUAAGUAAAACUUAAAAAUUAGAUUAUAAAUUUAAUACUAAGAAAGAAUAGGAAAUAAUUGGUCGACUCUUGAUUAGCUAAGUAGUGAUUUAUAAAUAUCAAAUGAAAACGUAAAUUCGAGCUUGUAAUAACUGGACUUAACUAUUUAAAAUAUUAAGUUUUAUUUGUAUGGCAAAAGCCAAUAAGCAAAGAUUUUAGGGAAAGAGAAAAUUAGAUAACUAACAAUAACGUACAGCAUAAUUUUUAAGGAGUAAACAUACACACAAUAAUUCAUUAUAACUACUAUUCCUGUGGUUCCAAGAUCCUAAUUUGCAUAAUUUUUAAAAAGAAUCUGUAAUCAUACAGCUACAACGUAAUUUAAAUAUUAUUGUUUAUUAACUGUUAACCCAAUCCUAUUGCAUUACAAUCAGACAGUAGAUAUUAUGUAUUUGGCUAAAAUGGUUUAUGCUUAAAACAAUUAGGAAGAUCUCAAUAAAUAAAUGAAGAUAGAUGAUGAAAGUGUUAGACAAGUUAGAUAAGCAAAUGGGUAGGUUAUACUUAAGAACCAAGAAAUUGAUAUUUUAAAACGUCAAGCUGAACACUUUAAGAAAUAAUAUAAUGAUGUAUUAACCAAAUAAGAAGCUAAGUAAUAACUAUAUCAAUAAAUAUAAAUACAACUUCAAAAUGUUGUUGUAGAUAUCAAAUUAAAAAUGAGUCAGUCGAGAAAUCAUAAAACUAAUAAAACCCCUUGUCCAGAAUCAUAAUUUUAUGAAAAAUUAAUUGCCUAAUUAGAAAAUCUAUCAAGAAAACUUUCUCCGAUUUAAUAGGUUUUAAACACUGAUAGAUCCAUUAGCCCUUCAAUAUAAAAUUAAUGA